GCUGCGGAGGAUGUCGACCCCGCUGCGGGGACAAGCUCCGGGCGGGCCGCUUGCGUCCAGUCGACCGUUCCUCUUCCAGUCGUCCUGCACCUGCACCCCCCUGCACCCAUGAAGCCCCCGCUGAUGAAGCCCCGAGCUGCCAGAGUGAGGCGGAAAGUGGCCGGAGACAGAGAGCAUGUACUGGCGCGUCGGGUUUGCCUGGACGCGAUCUUGUGUGGUUGAUCUUGGCCAGAACCAGAGCUUCUCUUCCGGCCUGCUGGGCUCCGAUGAGCAGCUCUCGUUUUAUGGGUACAUCAUCGCCUACCCUCUGCAGGACUACGGCGGGAUCAUGUCAGCGUUGGGCUCGGACUCGUGGUGGCGAAAGACGCUUUAUUUGACCGGAGGAGCUCUGCUGGCUGCCGCUGCCUAUCUGCUGCACGAACUGCUGGCCAUCAGAAAGGAGGAAGAGCUGGACUCUAAAGAUGCCAUCAUACUCCACCAGUUCUCCAGGCCCAAAUCUGGCGUCCCGUCCCUGUCCCCCUUCUGCCUUAAGAUGGAGACCUACCUCCGCAUGGUGGACCUGCCCUACCAGAACUACUUUGAUGGGAAGCUUUCACCACAGGGAAAGAUGCCGUGGAUCGAGUACAACCAGGAGCAGGUGUUUGGGACCGAGUUCAUCAUCGACUACCUGGAGGAGCGGCUGGGCGUGAGCCUCAACAAGAGCCUGACGCCGCAGGAGAAGGCUGUGUCCCGCGCCAUCACCAAGAUGGUGGAGGAGCAUUUCUACUGGACCAUAGCUUACUGCCAGUGGGUGGACAACCUGGAGGAGACUCAGAAGAUGCUGUCAGUGAGCGGGCCGCUGAGCGACCUGCUCAAAUGGAUCCUAAGUCACCUGACGGGGGGGAUCGUCAAGAGGGAGAUGUACGGCCACGGGAUCGGACGCUUCUCCGAGGACGAGGUCUACGCCCUGAUGGAGAAGGACAUGCGCACCCUGGCCACUUUACUAGGUGAUAAGAAGUAUCUUAUGGGCUCCAAGCUUUCUACAGUAGACGCUGCAGUGUUCAGUCACCUGGCCCCUGCUAUGUGGACGCUACCGGGAACUCGCCCAGAGCAUCUGAUCAAAGGUGAGCUCAUCAACCUGGCCAUGUACUGCGAGCGCAUCCGCCGGCGAUUCUGGCCCGAGUGGUUCGUGGACCUGGAGGACUUCUGCUACAGCGACACCUCCGAGGACAGCAGCUCCAAACUCGCCGACCUGGGCCUGUACUCCGGCACGGACACCUUCCAAGACGACACACACACGCACACUUCACAAACGCACUCGCCAAAGGACCCUUUGUCUCCCGACAGCGACCCUACAGGUGUCUCGCUGUAUGACUCGGACAUGGACACGGAGUGCUCUGAAAUGGACAAGUGUUGACGAAACACCCACGUGUAGAAACACACUAGAUAGUGCUCACACCACAGGGAGGGAGCUGCGUCCCACCUGUACACAUGCCCCACUUCCUCUGAACAGAAAACCUCUGGGGAGGAGAGCUGGCGUCUCCUGUGUCAGUGGAGAAGUUUGAGGACGUUGAGUUGAGUGGAGGAAGGAUCAGAACAAAGGAAGAGAAGAAGAAAGUAUGAGUAGGAGGAAAGAGAAGAAGAACAGGAUUCAAAAGUCAGGAGUAAAUGACGCCCUGCUGAGAAACUCCUCCACGUGGUCAUCCGCAGUGACAACUCCUACUUGUUGUCAGGUCUCCAUGGCAACAAAAUGUGUUGACCCCCCCCCCUCCGUCGUCCCUCGUAGCAACUUGCACCGUCCAGCCUUGUGUGUGUUUGACUAACUGAACCCUAAACGCCUUGUAUUGAUAUGACAUCGACUAACUGUACAGACAUUCAUGUGAAUGGAUACAAUUCAGUGUAAAUAUAUAAACGGAGCAGAUUUAUUAGAUAUAAUAUAUAUGAGUAUACAUAGUAUAGAUAGCCUGCAUAUAUAGAGUCACCCCCUCUGUCAUACGGUGUAAAUACUGUAGGUGUUUCUUCUCUGUGUCGGACACAAUGACUCAAAGUGUCUUGUAGUAGUCUACAUGAAUACACUCUGCUGGUCCAGGAUCAGUGUGAGCCGCCCUGUGACCUCCUGUGCUGUAUCCGUCUACACACUUGCGAUAUGACAGUAAUGCCUGCUGCCCGUAUUUAAAUAGUGCAAUCUGCCAUUAACACUUAUCGUUUUUGUCUUAUUUAGACAAUUAUUUUUGCCAAAAAGGAACAUUUUUCCCUGCGUUAGAAGAGUAAGGGACGACAUAUAUUGUCAUGAAGAGUAGCUUAAGGUCAUUUUAACCUGCAUUCAAGCAUUGAGAGCCAGUUAAACAAUCAUGUAGAAAUAGACGCAAUAGAUCUUUUGAAUUAAAGUGCAUGGCUUGACCUUGCCAAUGAAAAUCUCCCUUUGAACACUUUGAGGAUGUUGUCUUCAUGUGUUAGCUGGCUUAUUCGUUCAAUUAGAAGUUUGUUCUCCGGUGCCUCGGAUGUAGCCAAUUGAUCCUGUUAAAGUACUUCUUUUUUUGUUUAGCAGUUAUGGUUUUGUUACGGAGACUCUCUGAAUCAGAAUGAUGGAUUGCUCAGAAAACAUGUGAAGCAAUAACAGAGCAGAUGCAAGUUAAUGUUAUACGAGUUGUUUUCGGUGUGUGGUGGUUCGGCGCAGGUUCUAUGUGUGUUUGUCACUCAGCAAAUGCACAUACCAACAUAUUGUGUGUCAAUAUGGAUGCAAGCGUGGGGUAUGCAGUGUGUUAGCUUGUGAGUCACUCUGUGUGUGAAUGACGGCACAUUGGUGACGUUUCACAGCCGAAACCUUUCCUCCCGAGCACACCUUAUUGUUUCACGUUGUCAAUUUUACUUUGCAAUAUGAAUUGAUAGAAAUGUCUUUAUAUGCCAGUGUGACCAGGCCUUAAUGCAGAUAUUUACAGUAUUUGUAUUGGCAUAAAGUGUCUCAAAAAGGUGCAGUACAGAUAUGCCAAAAAUAGGUUUAACAUAGUUUUUCUCCACUAGAGGGCACUGGUGAGUUUAAUUCAACUGAAAAAUAUCUUGCUGAAAACAAAGCUUGGUUACAACUCUUUUAUUAUGGAGCUUUACAUUAAGGAGUUACAAUUUAAAGCGUUUUUCAGGGUUUAUAAUAAUUAAAUAUUGGCCUAAAUAAUGUUUGCGAUUUUCUUUUCAAACGCAUCAGUCGGCAUCAGACAAAAAUGACAUUUAUGAGUUGAUCACAAGAAGCAUUUAUAUGUAGCAGUAUAGUUUCAACUAAUUAAAAGAUUAAAGAGUUUCAAGUUUUAAUUCAGUUUUAACAAGAUAUUAAGACAAACUUAUCACGUUAUCAUUUCAAACUUUUCUAGUUAUAUAACAAGAAAAGCUUCUUAUUAUAACAUGAAAAUAUCUUGUUAUACGAACACACUUCACUUUAACACAUGAAACAGUUUGGCUGCAAUGGGCUUCCGUAGGCUGGCAUCAUUGUUUUUAGAGAGUCAUUAGCCCUUCUUUGUUCUCCGUGUAACAAUAUAAAAAAAUAUCAAUCAUUUCGGCUUCAAAAUGAAAGCCUUAAGCAAGACGAUGGUAUCUGUUCGCACUGCAGAUUUAUUUUAAUACAACAAUAUAAAUCAAAUGAAAGAUGACAUUCUGUGUCUUAAAAACCUUGGCCUGCAUGCUCUUGCCUUCUCUCGUCUUGAGUCAAACAGACUCCUUCAGCAGUUUACUUUUUUAUCAGUGCCAGCAUAUGACUUAUGUUUUUAUAUGUCAUAUUAAUUCAUUAUGCAUUCCUUGUUUAUAUUUAUUGAUUUCGAUGGUGGCUGUGAUCUUAAGCGACUGAAAUGUUGUUGAUUAUUUUGCACUUUUUCUUCUUCUUCUGUUUACACUUGUUUCUCUUCUCUGGGCGAGUCAAUUAAGUGUAUUGAUUUGUGUUUUCGUGCAAUACUGUCGAUUCUCUGACUUCCACUGAAACAACUGCAUUUUCACGUUGCCAGUCAUUGCCGUAAUCGCAUGCGUGUCCAUGUUUUGAGAUAUCAUGUGUGGUAAAUGUUAUAUUCAUAUCAUAAUAUCGAUGUCAUUGUGUUGGAAUAUAAGUCCCUCAUUCUGCUGCAAAUGUUACUGUCACAAGUAGAAAGAGCUUCAUGUCAAGUUGAAACCUUAAAAGAAAAGAAACGUGACAUUUUGAGGUAAAAUAACUAAACUGACUGCGAGAGCUCGGAUCAGCUGAUGUCCUUUUGUCAUCCACAACAGGAAACUGUCUGCACAGGUUUUCCUCUGUAGGCAACUUCAUCUGUCUGUGUUCCUCAGAGGUCAGAGGUCAGUCGCUCUCAUCGAGAUUUCUGCUUGUAGACUAUAGAAGCCAUAUUGUCUUGUGGUGUCGUGUGUGCUGAAACACCUGUGGAUUCUCAUCAAACUGUAAAUAAGAGAGCCAGAAAUUCUAAUUAAUAAGCGAACAUGAAAAUAAAUCGCUCUGUACUUA